GUGCGGGGGUGAGGGCGAUCCCCGGCUGGACUUACCCUGGAGACGCCACUGCCGGGGGCCCGCACACCUCCCGAGGCCCGGGAUCUGCGGGCUGGCGAAGAGGGUGCAGGCGGCCGGAGCCCCGCAGCGGAGGAUGCGCCAGAGCGCCCAGACGACGGCAAGAUGACCGCCGGGAGCCCCGGAGACUUCGGAGAGGUGCGGAGGAGCCCCGAGGGCCGCGUCUCUCGCCUGGGCCGCCGCCUGGGCCGCCGGAGGCGCCCGCGCUCCCCGCCGGAGCCUCUGCGGGUGCGGGCACGGCUGCGGCUGCGCUCGCCGUCGGGGGCGUUUGCGGCGCUGGGGGCGCUCGUGGUGCUGGUGGGCAUGGGCAUCGCCGUAGCCGGCUACUGGCCGCACCGCACCGGGGCCCCAGGGCCACGCGCUGCCAAUGCCAGCGCGCCCCCCCUCAGCGAGCUGCGACGCGAGGGUCGCGGCGCCGGCCGGGGCCACGGCCCGCACGAGCGGCUGCGGCUCCUUGGGCCCGUGGUCAUGGGCGUCGGCCUGUUCGUGUUCAUCUGCGCCAACACGCUGCUCUACGAGAACCGCGACCUGGAGACGCGACGGCUUCGCCAGGGGAUGCUGCGGGCUCAGGCGCUCCGGCCGCCUGACGGCCCUGGCUGGGACUGCACUCUCCUCCCCAGCCCCGGACCCAGGACUCCCCGAGCCAUAGGUUGCACAGAGCCAGAAAGUUGGGACCGGUCCCCGCGUCGGGGUACCUCACCCGUUCCAUCAGUGCGGAGUCUGCGUUCAGAGCCUGCGAAUCCUCGUUUGGGGUUACCUGCCUUGCUCAACAGUUACCCGCUGAAGGGCCCGGGGCUGCCCCCACCCUGGGGUCCACGGACCCAGACUGGCCAUGUGAUUAUCACCAUGCAGCCCUCUGGUUCCUGCAUCGAACAUUCCAAGUCUCUGGAUCUGGGCCUUGGGGAGCUUCUGCUUCGGGCCCCAGCGCCUCGAGACUGUGCUCACGGGAGCUGGCCCCGGCUGGACCGCCUCAGCCUGGGGGGUUAUGCCAAGUUGGAAGGAGGAGGGGACUUGGGAGCCCGGGUUUGAAGAGCAGAGGACAGCCUGCUAGGAGACUGCCGCAUGGACCGUGGUAACAGGACCAGAAGUCCCAAUGUCUAGUAGAUGCAUCAGUCACUUCCCAGACUGGAGAUGGAUGCUCUGGCCUCAGCAGCUGCUAAGGCAUCCUGACUUGCAUGUCGGCAGAGAAAUGCCAACUGCACAAGGGUUCAAUCAGCUGGAGAGAAUGUGUUUUCACGUGGAGUCUGGAGGCCAGCAUGACUUGGCCUCAGGAAUUCUUUAAGCCUCCAAAAGUGGCCUUAGCCUUGGACAGGUACCUGAAGGGGCUGGAGGUCCAGGCUGGGGUGAUUGGGAGAUGCUGCUGGUGUCUCGGCAGGCCCAGAGUGGUCGGCAAGGACCCCUAAGACUUGAAAGGUAGGUUGGUUGGCAUGUGACAGGCUGGGCCAGGCUCCCUCCACUGUGGCAUCGGUUGCAGGGUCGGGGGAGAUGGGCAAUGAAGUAGAUUUGAGACCUCCACUGCCAUCUGGGAUGGGGACUGAGACUUUAACUCCCACCACCUCAGCCCCUCUGUCCCCUCAGCCAUGCAGGGUACACCCCACUAGGGCUACACUACUGCCAAAGCCUUCUCCUGAGGGUCCGGCCCCUCCCUCAACAGGUCUGAGAAGCCCCCUUCUCUCCUUUGUCGUGGCCUGUGCAAAAUUUACCCCCAGCUGGCAAAAAGCAUCCGCCAGUUGUACUUUUCUACAAUGUCGAAGCUGCAUCUGGGCCAAUGUGGGUAGCUUACUUUAGAAAAGGGUCUUUUCUAGGGUCAAAAAUUUGGGUCUCCCUUACCCAUGUUGAAUUUUUCCCAGAUUGCUGGUAGGAGAAAAGGACUUUAAAGGUUGAUCGACUCUCACAGAUUCAGUACUGGGUUUGUUU